AUGGGCAUUGAUCUCUUGGAACAAGAAAUAGCUAAUGAGACUUCUGAACCUGUACGCGAUUUAAAUCGUGAGGUGAACGGGAAUGGGAUUCUUGAAAUGACUGAAAUUGAUCAAGCACAAUAUCCUGAAGAACCUUUUACCAAUGAAUUAACAGAGAAUAAUGUACCCGUAUUAAGAAAUCGAGGUGGAUCAACUUUACAAAUGUCUACUAAAUCGUCAAAAUCAGCGAAUUUUGUAACUGGUUUACCUUCAACGACUUCGUCCUCUGCAGGUGAAGGGAGUAGUCGUGCCGUCAGAAGUUCACAGAGUAAAACUAAUGACAUCCACACAAACAAUAGUAACUCUGAAUACGAAUGUAACAUAUGUUUUGAUACGGCAUCUUCACCUGUUCUAACUUUGUGUGGACAUUUAUUUUGUUGGCCAUGCCUACAUCAAUGGUUAGAAGCACAGUACCAAAAUCCAUUAUGUCCUGUAUGCAAGGCAGGAUGUGGACAAGAUAAAGUGAUACCAAUAUACGGAAGAGGGAAAGAGGCCAAAGAUCCAAGGCAAAAUUCGGAUAUCCCAAAUCGUCCGGCAGGUCAAAGACCUCAACCACAAAGAGAUCCGAAUCAACCAGGUGCACAAUUUUUUCCUGUUUCGUCGUUUCAUUCCAAUGCAUUUGGUCCACAUUUUUCAAUUUCUGCCAGUGCAAUAUUUCCAUCGUUAUUUGGAGCACAGUUUACCUUUCCUCCUCCCAAUGGACCCCCUUCACCACAACAAGCCUUUGUGUCAAGGCUUCUUUUGAUGUUGGCUAUCUUAUUCUCAUUAUGUUUUUACUUUAUUAGAUGA